AUCACUGCGUUUAGAAAACGUGAAUCUACCGGAACAGUGCUAAACGUCAAAAACCAAGCCGUCAAAUUCACGUGUGUACAUUCGGUCAGUACAAUUUGCAAAACACAUUAAUUAAUGCCAUUAUAUGAAAAAUUGUAGCCCCGAUGUAAAAUACGUAAAAAAAAAAUAUAGACUUGUUUAUUGUGUUUGAUAAUGCCAGACGUAGAAAUGGAUCGCGUCCCAGAAAACGGUUCUGAUGCGGAAUCGUCUACUCAAGACAGCGUAGACAACAACUCUGUUUCAACGUCUGGAAAGUUGAUUAACAAGAAGAAAACUAGGAAACGUGGAAUAAUAUUCCUAUCUACAAUCCCUCCUUACAUGAAUGUUGCUAAGAUACGAGAAAUAUUUAGCCAGUUUGGUGAAGUUGGGAGAAUUUAUCUGCAGUCUAGUGCUAAGCCUGGAGAAAAGCGCAAACGCGUACCAAAUCAAUUCACUGAGGGCUGGGUAGAGUUCCAGAAGAAGAAAGUAGCAAAAGAAGUAGCCCUUAGACUGAACAACACUAAAAUCGGCACAAGAAAAAAGUCCCGCUACUAUGACAUGAUUUGGAACAUCAAAUAUAUCCCAAGGUUUAAAUGGAUUCACUUGAGUGAGAGGCUGGCUUAUGAGAAGGCUGCGAUGAAGCAGAGACUGCGGGCUGAGAUCUCUCAGGCCAAGAAGGAGGCCCAUUACUUGCAGACCAAUGUGGAGAAGAGCAAACGGUUAAAGAAAAAGAAAGCUGUUAAAGAGGAUUAGGUUUAAUGUUUUAAAUAAACAAAAAAUAAUGUA